AUGAGCGAGGUUCGCAAGCUUCACACCGAUAAGGUCGCACCGUCGCCGAGGGGACCCUUCUCGUCCGUCGUUGACGAUAAUGAUACGUCGGAAGCAAAUCAAUACCGUAUCAGCAUUGCGCGGAUUAUCGAGCAAGGCUGCCCUAGUCGGAUGCUCCUUGAGAAACUUGAGGAGAUAUCGGCAUGGCUCAGGAUGCAACCUCGCGAACAGCACUUCGACAUUCGUAUGACGCACCGGCUCCUGAGGCAGCGGUAUAAGGACGCUCAGUAUUACGCGGAGCAAAAGCGCCAACUCCAGGAGGCUGCGGAUAAGCUGCAGGCACAGAUGGUUCUGGAGCGAGACGAGGCGCAGGAUAGAUACGAUGCUUUGGUUCAGACAUGCAAGAACGAAAGAGACCGGUCGCAGGCGAUGCAAGAGAGUCUCAAGGAACACCAUCAAAAAGUGGAAGCGGAACUGAAACAGAAAGUAAGUUGCGAUCGUGAUCGAGCAUACAUCGAUCUGACGGCCUGCACAAGUGUGCCUCACUUCUCGACGAAUGCGAACGGCUACGAGACGAGCUCGCGAGACUCUGAAGGCCCUGCGUCGGAGCCCACGGAGCCCAUCAUCAGGCGGAGUGCGCUGAGCAUUGCUCUCGCUAACUCGAAUGGCGAAGACUUCCUUCCCAUCCCUAGCACCCCCGCGCUUCCGGAUGACAUCCCAGACUUCACUCCCAUCCCAACGGACGACGAGGGCGGCGUUUCUCACGCCUGGAGCGUUAUCUCAAUUUCCCCUCACUCGCGGCGCAGGGCACACGAAACUCCCAGCGUUACGACAGGAGCACAGACUCCGCAAUUUGAGCAGGAGGGCUUGAGGACACCGCGUUCCCUACCGCGGCAUCAUAUGUUAGAGUCCCACUCGCCGUCUCGUGCAAGACCAGCUCCCCAGCGCACUCCUUCAUAUGAUCUCAUGGCGGCGGCUCGCAGCAGUGCCCCUGACGCGGGAUCUACGGAAAUUGACCCCGACGAACUCCGUCGGCAGAAGUUGAAUGAAAUCCUCGAGCUCACUCCAGCUACACAGGCUCAAGACAUUGUUCGUCGCUCGCCUACCAGGCGAAUCGAUGGGCGGCGAAGUCGCUCUCCCGAAGAAGUACCUGUUGCCUCCCAAAGCUACUCUUCUCCCUCACGGAUGAGGCCCAGGACAGCCACCACCACCUCUCUUCCCGCCGGCUACUUACAACACCAACACUCACAAUCGAACCUCCAUCGACCAAGCAUUGUUUCGGCCAGCAGCGCUGCCCUCGAAGCAGAACGACAGCGGACUCCUUCCUUCGGCACGCCGGGCCUCGGUCGUCCAGGUUACCUCCGGAGGGGCUCUUCGGCCAGCGCCAAAGGGAAAUAUCUCGAGAAAGGCGACCGCUUUCCCAACGGGCUAGGAAUCAGUUUCUGA